AUGAUCUCAAACAAGGCGGUUGCUAUAAAGUUUCACGAACUGUUCGAUGCCGGUGAAAUUGAUCGCUGUUGCGAUUUCUUCGCCCCACACGUCGAAUUGAAGACGCCGCAAGGUGCCACAUACUCUGGCAUUGUUGAUCGCAAGUUAGACAAUUUACCCGUAGAUGAGUUCCAAACGGCACAGGACAAUUUGUGGCGAGCGGAGCACGAAUAUCGCCAGUCUCAAGGAUUCUUAUGGAGCUGUUCAGGACCCUGUCCGGAAUUAAAGGAAGAGUAUCACUUAGCCCUGCAAGAGUUCAAUCAGGCGGAGGCCGAAUACAACCAAGGGAUUAGCGAUGCUAAGAGAGAAGUGGGACUAUUCUCGUCGUAUGGCGUUGAAGAAACGAGGAAUAUGUUUUGGGGAAAGUUCAGCAGCGGUCAGCGAUUUGCGAAGCGACAGACUAUGUGGGACGCCAUGUUCAUGGGCAUUGGCGCAAUGACACGCGACGAGACGAUGGGCAGUUACAUCCUGCGAGUGGUGAUGAACAUGAUCCUCAACUUCACCAUCGGUCUCAUUGGAGCACUCAUUGGCUUCUGGUGGGGUCUAUGGGGUCUCAUAACGUCGUACCAGGCGAGCACUUGGCAGGGCUUGUUCUUCUUUGUACUCGCGGGUUUGGCUGGGUGGUCGAUGGUCUCUGCCACCAUUGGCGGCCUGGUCAUGGGCACUGCGGGAUCACUCUACGUGAUGCAGAAGAUAGCUGCAGCCAAUCAGAUCGAGGGACAGAGGCGUGGACAGUCCCAGCCCCGUUAUGUGAACCAGGGCAGGCCCCAUUAUGAAUGAAUAGCACCUAUGUAAGGUGCAGGUAUAUGAAUACGAAACGGAUGAAUAUGAGAGACGCCCAGCUCGUAGUUAAGCUCGUAUAUGAAUUAUAAUAAAUAUUUAGGACAUGUCCGGGAGUUAUAGAUGCACCUGUAUCAAUGGUGUAUAUCCAGGAGACUAGAUAUGCUGAAUUACACGGGUUAGCACGGGUAGCGGAUACCCUAUAUGUCAAACAUGGAUAUUAAGUUGAAGUUCUGUACACAUGUCUCAGGACAUAGUACAGGCAAAGCUGUUCAUCAUCCAGUAGGCAACUACAUAUUGCGUGAAGUAAAAUUUUG